AUGGCGGACAAAAUGCACAAAGAGCGACCAUGAUAUCACUUGAGAUGAUUUAAAAGCUUACGAACAAGCUAAAUGGCGUUUAGACAUGCCUAAAACACCAAAUAGUAAAAAACGAAGGGUUAAAAUCAAGCCUGAUCAGCGAAAGAAAAAGGCAAAAAGGUUGAAAUUUGAAGAAGAAGAAGCUCAAGAUGCCGAGAUUGAUAAUGUUGAACUUGAACACAUUGAACGCCAAGAAGAAUAUGAAGACGAAGACAAUGAUUUGGAGAAGAUUCUAGAGGAGCAUGCAGAUAAGAAUAAUUUGUCUGCGAUAAAUGUGAAAAGCAUUUUACAUCAUGUCAUCACAGAUAGAAGGGUCCUGGAGCUGGUUCAGAAGGUUAUUGCAGAAAAAGAAAGAGAACAGGCUGGAGAAGCAGAAGAUGCCAACAUUGAAUUUGAACCCAAAAUGACAAGGUCAAAGUAUAAGCAAAAGAACUUAGAAGACCCAAUUGCUCAACUGACCAAAUCUCCUUUAAAGAGUAAAAAGCCAGCAUCUACAUUCACUGAUCUGGAAUUUCCUGAGUCUUCUUCUGAUGAAGAAUACAGCCCUGAUGAAGAUGAAGUUUCUACUGUUUCCAGUGAUCUUGCAUCCCCGUACAAACCAGCCACACCAGACAUGGUGACAUCAGACUCAUUACAGGACAUCACUGCUACUGGUAUCACCUUUCCACCAGUAAGCAGACCACUGACAAGGCACAGAUCACAAGAAAUGACUUUCAAGCAACCAGAGACUUCAUCUUCUGCAGAACAUACAACAGACAAGGUCGAUGAUGAUCUUAUUGCCAAAAGGACAAGAUCUCAUUUACCACUAAAGGAUAAAGAACUUCCUUACGAUAUUGAGUUACCAGACUUUUCACCUGAUUUGUAUGAUCAAAUUAAACUGGAUGAACUUGAUGAUGAUCAGCUUGCCUUCCAGAAAUUCUUACAGAGCUUGGCCAAUGAAGAUGAUAAUGACAUCAUGGCGGAAGAUGAUGAUUGUGAGUAUGACUUCAUGGCUGAAAAUGUUGACUGCGUUGAAGAAAAAGAGGAAUACAGAAAUGACAGAGCAGUAAGAAUUCCAAAGAAGGAAGUUUCUGAUUUGUUCGCUGAACUAUUAAAUGAGUGCAAUGGGAAUGAAGAUGAUGACAGUUUGUGGAGUGCAAGGUCGUUGCUGUUAGAUAUUGAAGACGGCGAUACCUCUGAAGAUGUUAUAAUGUUUACCGAUGAACAACGUGCUCAGCUAUCUAAACAGAUGAAUCAGCACGUACAAUUACUGGUACAAGUGUAYCUUUUGUCKMGAGAAGAACCUUCACUUCAAGACGAAGCAGAAAUGUGUCGUCAGUUCGUUAAUGAACUUCAGGGAUUCUGUGAYAGGUCUCUGUCUGUWCACCCUAUCAUGGCUCUAGGUGGUACCAUGCCUGCCUUAUCRAUGUUUGACAUACCAGGAAUCCAGGAAGCUGUAAGGAUCACAAAUGAACCAUUCAAUAAUGUGAAGCGUCCACGCAGUCCAAGAAAACAAACACCAAUUAAAGAUGGCAAAGACGGUAAAGAUGCCAAAAACAAGGCCCCGAGAUUUACUCUUUUACCAGUAUCAUCAAYAAACCAGGCCAUAAUGGCCAACUCCCCUCUAUUUAAAGACCUAAUAUUGCUGCCUCGUUGCGGAUUCAUGGACAAAGAAUUCUUCGGAAAGGAGUCGUCAAGUUUAAGAGUCAAGUUCACGGAUACUGAGGAUAACUUGCUUGCAAUAGGCAUGAAACAGUUUCAUCGCAAUUGGAAACUAAUUCAAGCUCAUCUUCUACCAGUAAAAACACCAAAACAGCUUCAGAUUCGCUGUAAGAAUCUGCUGUCGUCUCGUUCUCCCGAAAACAUCGUGAAAUACUUCCGUGAUUCGAAAACUUUGUGGGAUCUGCCAACUGAAAUAAAGAUUUCGACUGAAGCAGAUAAUAAUCGACGAUUCAGCAAACAUAUCGAACCCGACUGGCUUAUCAACUAYCAACAAAAGAUGAAGCCACAAAAGAAGCAAAUUGCUCCACUCCCAUCCCCYAGRAAACCUUCUCCUUUCAUUCCAAAAAACAAAGUAACACAAAUCACCAUGGUAUUAUCACCGARCAAACCUGGUACUUCAGAUUCGAUAGAAACCUUAUCUAAACAAACUCUUGUUGASAAAAAUGUGAGUGAUGUUGCUCAAAAUCAAGGGAAAUGCAACAGAGAAGAAUUUAAUUCUACGAYRCAAAYAGGGUCCARCGAUAAAGGAGUUGGGACAGUAGUUACUUGUGAAAUCAAAGAAGCUGUUAWAGAGCAGAAUCAUACAAAAACCGACCAAGUAACUAGUGURUCGCCAGAUUCCARUAAGGGUUCUUUUUCAAAUGAAAGGAUCACUGUACAACGUAAAGAGCAAAAUGGCAGCCCUGAUGAAGUAAGAUCGAAGUUCACUGAACAGCUUGAUAAUGAUGACAAUCAACAUUCUCCUAACUUUGAUAUUGAUGGUGACGAUGACACCGCGCCAUUCACACCAACAUCAUGUCACGACAAAGAUGACGUCAUUCAUUCAGAACCAUCUCCUGCUCCCUCGGAAAAUACAAUCGAAAAAUCAUCCAAAUCGCCUCCAGUCACUUCAUCAGCCAAAAACAAACCAGGACGAGACAAGCCAUCCGGCAUGACGUCGAUCUCUCAGAGUACAACCAAGAAAAGUAAUUACCAAACUUUACCAGCACUACCCCCUGACCCCAAGGAACAAACGAGGGCUCAGUCUUUGGCUAAUAAUUAUCUUUCAAAAGUAAAGACAUGCCUCCAAGAUGACCAAGACYUAUACGAAGAGUUCCUUGGUACGCUAGUUGCAUCGUCAAAUCAGCGAUGGACUCCAGUGCAGCUGUACAAGCGCAUGGAGAUAGUACUGUCAGAUUAUCCUGAGUUGAUAGAAGAUUUUGUGGCCUUCCUCGAACCAGAACAGGCYUUUGAAGCAGGAGUGCUUAUGGAAAACCUAGAGUUCAUAAAAGCAAGGAAUUUUCUGCGAAGGCUGGAGGUGCACUUCAGUAAGAACAGAUCUCACUUCCAGAAAAUCAUUGAAGUWUUUAGUACGUGGGGCUCAGGAGAUAAGACCUUCACGAGACGAUUAUCCCUCUUUUACGUGGGCAGCAACACUUAAUCGACGAAUUUCAAUCAUUUUUUGACAAUCUUAAACCUCCAGCCUGUUCAGAUGAAGACUUUGAAGAGGUUGAAAUAGGCAGUGGAAGUGAUCCAGAGGUGGAUGACUUCGAAGAAGUGGUCAUACCAGACGUGAUAGAACCAAGAAAACCUAAAGGGAAACUCAAAGUUAAGCAAACACCAACAACCGCUGCMAAAACAGCCUCGUCGAACAAGCAAAARKUAACCCCAAAGCCCAUGACAAGACCAAAGAAUACCAAGACUGAUAAAAGAAGAAAUCUAGCAUCCAAGAAGAGCCCKCAAUCAGUUGGCAGUGUUUCAAGAGAUGGUUUAAGUGAAGGAGAAGAAGACACAARCUACAAAAAGGCAGAAGAUGAUACAACCAAAGAGAUAGCAGAGGAAAGAACAGAAGGAGACGAGCUCUUUGCAGAACAAAACCCCAGCUCUGUCAAAACAGAGUGGAGCGUUUCCGAUGGCCCUCUUUCCGUGUCUUCAUCGUUUCACAAUGAUACAAGUAACGACAGUCUGAGACAGGAAGACCACGAUGACACUAUUACACCACAGUGGUCCAGAACAACUGCCAAUGAUGACGCAAAUGAGGAUGAUCCGAAUUACGAUGAUGAAAAUAUUAAUUACGAUGAUGAUGCAAAUGAUGACGAGGUUAAUGACGAUGAGAGUGAUAACUCUGAUGAUAACAACGAGUCUGCAUAUGAUGGCGAUGACACCGAGGAUGGUACAGACUUUCAACAAGGAACGUUGUCAGCUCAGAAUCAUCAACUUGAUCAAGAUGGCCAACUUGUGGUUCUUUGGACACGGAACGACGAUCGUACAAUUCUAUCGAUAUGUCACCAUCAAGGUGCCUCACAGAAUACUUUUGAAGAAUUGUCAACAAAGUUACAAGGGAAGACAGCUAGAGAGAUCAAAAGUCGCUUUGAGGAGCUAAUGAAAUUGUACGAAGCCGACAACAGCAGGGUAGGAAGCUCAAGUGAAGAUGAAGCCGAUGAUGAUGACGAUAGUGAUGACAGCGAAACGGAUUUGUAAAAUAUUAUAGAGUAAAAAAAAAAAAAGAGUAAGUUCUGUUGAAUUGAAAAAUUGCAAAAUGUUGGAAUAUGAAUGAAAUGAAACAUUAAAAAUGUUUGGUCAUACAA